GCCCAGUAGAAUGGAUCUUGCUAAGGAGAGGUAUGGUGGUUGUUUCUCUCAUGAAGAAGUGGAAAAUGUAAAGACUUUCCUACGUAUUGCUGUUGUUUUGGCUACUGUUUUUCCCUUAUUUAUCCCCAUUAUUCCAGUUUUAAGUAGUUCCUCAAAUUUUGUUGUACAGUUUAAAGAUGGCUAUGAAAGAAGUGCUAAAAAUGCUAUUUGGCUGCUUGGCAACCUCACUUCUUGGCUUGUUGUAGUCCCUUUGUUUGAACUGGUUAUUCUACCUCUCUUCCCUAAAUUAGAAUAUUUUAUAAUUAAUCCAUUGAAAGGACUUGGUUUGGCUAAUAUUCUCAUCCUAUUAUCAAUUGUUAGUUUAUUUCUCAUUGACUUGAUUGGAAGGAUUGCUAGUAGCAUUACUUCUGAAAUGCCUUGCUUCUUCAUGUGGAAAUCAGUCAAUCAAACAAUUGAUAUUUCCUAUAGGAUACUACUCAUACCAUCAGUAUUAGCUGUCAGUCUCCUUUUGGUAUGCAUGGAAUGA